UUCCUCUCUUGGAAAUUCUGUAUGUAAUUGUCGGUUCUUUGCAAAAGAUGAAAUUAAUAGUUUCCUUUCUGCUACUUUAUGUGUAUCUCGUGUCAUGUUCAAGUCCCUACCACAUUCCAAACGUAAAGGCUAACUGGCACCAGGCAUUCGACCACUGCAAGUACAACGGAAUGGAAUUGGUUUCGAUAGCCAAUCACGUGGCUUACAACCAACUAACUGCACAAGUAGCACAGGAACUCAACUGUUCCCGGAUUUGUGCGGUCUGGAUUGGAGCCAACGAUUUGGCCAACGAGGGUACAUUCGCGUGGGCUGCCACCGGUCUACGGGUUUCCUUUGCCAAUUGGAAGUCGAAUCAGCCCGACAACAAACACGGUGAUCUGGAGGAAGAUUGAGUUGAAGUUCUCCACCACCCGAGCGAUAACUUUCUGUAGCAAUGGAACGAUAGCCCAUGUGCACAUGAGAAAUUUUUUGUGUGCGAAAAGGUGAAUACGUGUAUACAGGAAUUUGAAUGAUAGAAUGCUCAAUAAAUGAAGCAUUUUUCCUUAGUUGGACAA